AUGCAGAUUCUCGUCUCUCACGUUCAUCAGAAUCAUCACGAGAAUGAUGCAGAUGCUGGGCAAAAAACUCGUUCAGAACGAAAGCAUUGUCAUAAACAUCUUCUUUACACUUGGCUUCAUUUUCGGCUGAACGGAUGCCGACCGUACGCUCUUUCGUUUUUCCCUCAAAUCGCCGGCAAUGGAGUCGUACCAGAUCCAAAAAUAACAGUACUUGUUUUGAAGACUAACAAACGCCGUAUGCUGAGAUCAUAUUUGGUACGCCUAUCAGCGUCGACGCAGGCACAGGCUCGUUUCUUUCUUUCAGCGCUGUGUCUUAUCGCCGGCACCGGUGGUAACCUUGGAGCCGUACCAGAUCCGAAAAUAGCAAAAGACGGUGAUGAUGAUGGUCAGCAAGAUGACGGCCGAUUUGUACGAAUAAAAAACUUCACUGUAAACGGAGUUGACGUAUUCUGCUUUCAGAUAGCAAUACUUGCGUUGAAGAUUAACAAACGCCGAGCGCCGAGUUCGGGCACCAGCCAUGAUUAUUGUUGGUAUGCACGUGAGCGUAGAUACGGCCGCCAAAAUAAACAAUUCUGCAAUAUAACUAUCUAUGUAUCUGUCUGUCGGUCUCAGUUUAUUCAGUAUCUAUCUAUCUAUCUAUCUAUCUAUCUAUCUAUCUAUCUAUCUAUCUAUCUAUCUAUCUAUCUAUCUAUAACGGAAAAAAAAAUCUUCUGCAAUAUUUGUAUCUAUCUAUCUAUCUAUCUAUCUAUCUAUAACGAUGUGCAUAUGUCAUUUGUCUUUAUUUUGUUUUUAGGGAAAAAAAAGUUCUGUAAUCUAUCUAUCUAUCUAUCUAUCUAUCUAUAA